AUGGAGGAUCAGAAAGAUGUUGAGGAGGCAACGAUACCAGCUUCGCUCUCUCCUGAUGCCUUGUCCCUGCGGUCGUCCUCAAAGCGAUACGUCGAAUUCGAUACCCAAGACCCUCUCAAUCCGCGACAAUGGCCAUUGAGUAAAAGAAUCGGUAUCACCGCACUGACGACUUACUCGACAAUGGUUGUGACCUUUGCGAGUGCCAUAUUUGCAACCGCCAUUCCCUCACUCGUUCGUAUUCAUGGGGUGGACCGAGAGGUCGUCACACUCGGAGUCUCUUUAUAUGUCCUGGGCUUCGCAAUUGGACCUGUCAUCUGGGCAUCGUUCUCUGAGCUGAAGGGUCGAUACUUGCCUUUCAUUAUCUCGGUCUUCGGCUUCACGGCAUUCUCAUUUGCCACCGCAGUCUCGAAGGACCUCACGUCAAUACUCAUCUGCCGAUGGUUUGGAGGAUUCUUCGGCGCAGGUCCUUUGACUCUGGCCGGUCCUCUGUACGCCGACAUGUUUGUCGGAAAACCGUUCGGCAUAUCGAUGGUAUUCUUCGCAUUCACUGUGUUCAUGGGACCUAUCAUUGCUCAACCGAUAGGAGGGUUUAUUGUUCUAAACCACAGCCUAGGCUGGAAAUGGACUGAAUAUAUCUGUGGGAUUAUGGGCGCAGCAGCUUUGGUCCCUCUGAUAUUUGUCCUGAAGGAGACCUAUGCGCCGGUCAUCCUCGCGAAGAAGGCCGCGAGUAUGCGCAAGCAGACUGGUGACACCUCGGUCAUUGCGCAGCACGAAGAGAUUUCCAUUUCUUGGCAGGUUAUCCUCAUCGAGUACGUCGGUCUUCCGCUGAAGAUGUUGGUAUCGGACCCGAUAGUGCUGCUGAUGAGCCUUUUUGGUUCAUUCGUGUAUGGUUUGCUAUACCUGUUCUUGGUUGGUUAUCCUGUGGUUUUCCAGAAGAUCCAUGGAAUGAAACCCGGCGUCGGUGGGCUGCCGUACCUUGGCUUGAUUGUGGGUGAAGUCUUCGCUGUACUGGCGAUCUUUUUGAUGCAACCCUGGAUUAUGAAGCAAGCCAAGAAAAACGGCGGUAUAAUGAUGCCUGAAUGGCAGCUUCCAGUCGCCGUUCCUGGUGCUGUGGCCUUCUCCGCCGGACUAUUCUGGUAUGGCUGGACUGGCUACCGGAGAGAUAUCCACUGGAUUGUGCCAACUCUGUCCGGAGUGUUGACGGGUUUCGGUCUUCUGGCCACGUUCGUGCCGUCGAUUUCUUACCUCGUCCAAGCUCGGCCCGAAAGACCUGCCUCUGCGAUUGCAGCUCACACCUUCUUACGUUCGUUGUUUGCCAGCGUCUUCCCACUCUUCGCAUCCUACAUGUAUGAUGGCAUCGGUGUCCAAUGGACGAGUACGCUCUUAGGUUGCUUGGCUGCAGUGAUGGUUCCUGUUCCCAUCGCCUUGUACGUUUACGGGCCUCGGAUAAGGGCCAAGGGAGAUCUUGGAAGCAAGGAAUCACUGUGA